UGUGACGCCAUGGGGGUAGGACGCCGGGAACUACUCUCCGUAACAGGGAGGUGUGGCUGCGGCAGGCAUGGAAAGGAAAACACAACGAGAAGCGGCGGAAAGAAGCCCGUUCUGAACUGUUCUGGAGAAUCAUCCCACCAGGCUGAAAGAGGUCUGGAUCCAGUAAAAAUGCUCGCCGCCUGAGGUUCAGGCCAUGUACUCCUACGUCUGCCUGCCACCAGGGGAGGGCAUGUGGCCUCGGCUGCAGACCCUCACCUACACCUACCUGCCCGCCCCUCUGCUGCUGCCACCCAUCCAGACCCACAACUUCUGCAGCCGGCCAGCCGAGCUGAGAGAGGCCCCGCGUGAAUUCCACUUCUUCCACGGUGCGGGCGCGGCCCUGGCCUCCACGCCGCCCUGGUGGUCCUUCCGGCCGCCGGGUGCCGCGACCCUUGGCUCCUCGUCGUUCGCCGCGGCCGGCGCGCCCGCACCAUCCCAGCCCGCGCCCGACGCCGAACGCUGGGCACAGUGGCCCGAGGACAGCAGCCUGGAGCUGCAGCUGCGCUGGGGACGCGUGGAGCGAACGCGGGGACCGCCCCUGCCGCUGCCAGACGCCGUGCGCCGCGAGCUGCGGCGCGUGUACGGCACCUACCCGCGCACCGACGUGCGCGUCACCCAGCGCGGCGGCCAGUUCCUGGUGCGGGCCGCGCCGCGCGUGGGCGAGCCCGAAUACCGGGUGGCGCGGCGCGUAGUGCGCCCGCCGGCCCGCGGUGAGGACGGGAACAGCGGGGACAGCCGGGAGGCUCCGGAGGCGGUGCAGCGAGGUCGCCCUAAGAAAAAGCAAGGUCUGCGCUGAGCUCCUCACCGCGCCUGCGUCUCUGCCGGCCUUCCCUCUUCCGUCCCGGCACCAUGGUUUCUCUAGAGUUAUUGCUAGACGGUGCGUGCGGGAAAGGAGAGAAGGGGGUUACUGUCCAGAGGGUCUUGCGGUGAAAGCAGCACCUGGCUGCUUCUGCUGUCCCUCCUUAGCCAGCUGUGGUCCCCACUUGCCUUCCUCUCCCUUGCACCACAGUACCCCUCUCGGAGAAACGGGGGGGAGGGAGCCACAGCAGUCCCCAGCUUGGAAAGGGAAGUGAGUGAGCGAGCACUUCAGCAGCACCCCCGCAGUGUGCAGUCUGCAGUCUUACUAGACUUGUCUGCCAGGACUCACUAUCCAGACCGUCUGAAGACCUAGGGUGGUUUUGGAGUGUGGGAGUAACUGGGAAAUGUCACCUGGUUCUGACAUUUUCCUAGCCAUGUGUCGCCUCUCUGAGCCCCUCAACCAACUGUCACAUCUGUAAAACGCAUAAAAUUAGCCCUACCUAGA